UCACUUUGCUGUCAUCUUAUCCUUUUCCUUUGGUUUCCAAUCCAAGUACAAACUCUGCAGAGUAGCAGACCCGAUCAGUCAGCACCGAGCACUGCAUCUCAAAUGACACAGCUCCUAAAAUUCCAACCUUGGAACCACUCUCUGCCAUAAUAUGCAAACACCCACAAUACCUCUCAACCCAUCUUCAACCUUCCCUCCAAAAUCCCACCAUACCCAGUUGAAGUUGCUUCCAAAACUUCAUCUCCUUCCUCAAAGCUUAUUCUAUAGACCACCAAAAAUGGCUUCUCUUGGUGGGUUUGGUUUUGGUGUGAGGUCACAAGUAGUGGGUGGUGGUGCUUCUUCUUCUUCUUCAAUUGGGGUUGAUACUAAUGGGUUGUGUACUUUGACAGAGUAUGUGGGUAAGGAAGGAUUGAAUGUGGGAGAUGAUAUGGUGGUCUUGCUUCAUCAUAUUCAGUAUGCUUGCAAGAGAAUUGCAGCUUUGGUGGCCUCUCCUUUCAAUUCCAGCCUUGGGACACAGAACACUCUUGCUGGCACUGGUUCUGGGUCUGGCAGGGAUGCUCCAAAACCACUUGAUAUUGUCUCAAAUGAAAUCAUCUUGUCGUCUCUUCGCAGUUCUGGAAAAGUUGCAGUCAUGGCUUCAGAAGAAGAUGAUGCUCCGAUCUGGUUAACUGAUGAUGGACCAUUUGUAGUGGUAACGGAUCCCCUUGAUGGUUCUCGAAAUAUUGAUGCAUCAAUUCCAACUGGAACAAUUUUUGGAAUUUAUAAUCGCCUUGUGGAAGUAGAUCAUCUACCCAAGGAGGAGAAGGCUUUGCUGAAUUCACUCCAAGCUGGAGCUAGGCUUGUAGCUGCUGGCUAUGUUCUCUAUUCAUCAGCUACAAUUCUCUGCACCAGCUUUGGUUCGGGGACACAUGCAUUUACACUGGAUCAUUCAACAGGAGAUUUCAUUCUCACACAUCCAAGCAUUAAAAUUCCUCCUCGAGGACAAAUCUAUUCAGUAAAUGAUGCACGAUAUUUCGACUGGCCGGAAGGGUUAAGGCGAUACAUUGACACUGUGAGACAAGGAAAAGGCAGAUACCCCAAGAAGUACUCGGCCCGUUAUAUUUGUUCUCUGGUAGCUGAUCUCCAUCGGACUCUAAUGUAUGGAGGGGUGGCAAUGAAUCCAAGGGACCAUCUUCGUCUGGUUUAUGAGGCAAACCCUCUAAGUUUUCUUGUAGAGCAAGCUGGGGGCAGAGGAUCUGAUGGUAAAAGUAGGAUUCUUUCAAUUCAACCAGUUAAGCUGCAUCAAAGACUUCCACUGUUUCUUGGAAGUUUGGAGGACAUGGAAGAGUUGGAGAGUUACGGGGAUGUACAACAGAGAGUAAAUCCUGGUUAUGAAGUUUGAUGCUACAGUAAUCCCAAAAUUUCAUUGGUUAUUGUGUAAAUCAACCUGGGUUUGCUUUGUGUCACUAAAACUCUCUGUCUAUCAAGAAUUCAGACCUCUCAUCACAAGUAUGUAUAAUCUAGCCACUCCAACUAUCAAGAAUUGUAAAAUUCUUAACUAUUGUUUGUUUCUGCUAUUCAUCAUACCCAUCUUCUCAGGAAAUUAAAGUAACUUGAAGAGUUUAGAUGUGAAAAACUAGAAGCCUAGAAGAGGUCUUUCUUCCUCUUUCCAUGGUCAAAAAAUGUAUUGUGUAAAUUUUUAAGUUCACUCAUGUAAAGAUUGUAUACUCUUUAUGAUCUGUGUAAUUUGUUUUCUGUAAUAAAAAGUAUUCUAUUUUGACAUGUA